UCGCAUGAUGUGAUGACCGAAUGACCGAUCAACUUCCCCUCUCUGAGCUCGCGUCGCUACAAACUCUUCUCUUGCCCUUCAUUCGGUGUCCGAUCUUCGAUCAUCUUCUGCCUCAAUUCCGUCGAGUCUUCACCACCACCACCACCACAAUGCCCAUUCCAAUCGUAGACUCCCACAUCCACCUCUUCCCCGAAUCGCAUCUUCCCACUCUAGCCUGGCACAACCCCUCCGGCCCUCUCAGCUCCCAACACUCCAUCGACGAAUACCGCCUCGCAACCUCCUCCGUCCCCACCUCCCAAUCCCCAGGCCCAGAAUCAGACAUCCCGCACGCGCAACCGCAACCACAGCCGCAAUCGCUCUACCUCCGUGGCUUCAUCUUCCUCGAAACCGACCGGAUCUCCUCGAUCGAAGAAGAAUCCGAGUCCGGGUGGACCAACGCCCUCGACGAAGUCUCCCUCCUCACCCGCAUCAUCUCCAACAACCCCGUCCCAGGCGAAGGCCACACCAAUGUCGACGGCCAGCUCUGUCUCGCCAUGGUACCUUGGGCGCCUGUCCCGGGGGGACCUGCUCUACUGGAGAGAUUCCUUGCCCUGGUGAAAGAACGCACCCUCACGGACGCGACAUUCAAGAAAGUCCGCGGAUUCCGGUACCUGGUCCAGGAUAAGCAGCGGGGUGUGAUGCUACAGUCCGGUUUCGUGGACGGGUUGAAGUGGCUGGGCCAGCGGAAUCUUGUCUUCGAUCUUGGGGUCGAUGCCCGUCAGGGCGGGCUUUGGCAGCUUAGGGAGGCAGCGGAGAUGAUGAGGAUGGUUUAUCGGGGCGUGGAGGGGAGGAAGGGGGAGAGGGUGGUUAUUGUUAUUAAUCACCUGUGUAAACCGAAUCUCCGUCUACCCUUCUCGUCGCCGGACUCGAUUGCUACGCAUCCUGAUUUCCUGGAGUGGAGUUCCCUGGUCACUGCCAUGGCGCAGCAUCCUACGACGUACAUGAAGCUUUCGGGUGCGUUUUCCGAGUUUCCUCCGCUGACGGCGGAGGAUGGACCGGAUGUUGCGUCCCUGGUGGAGCAGCUCCGGUUGUGGACCGAUGUGGUCUUCGAUGCGUUUGGGCCUGAGAGGGUCAUGUUUGGCUCGGACUGGCCGGUGUGCAAUGUGGGAGGUGGGGGGAAUGCGGUCGCCUGGGGGCGUUGGAGGAGUAUUGUUGAGGGGAUCUUGGAGAAGAGGGGGUUGACUCGAGAGCAGAAGGAGGGUGUUUGGGGCGGUGUUGCAGUGAAGGCAUAUGGGAUUGAGCUGUAAUGAUCCUUGUUGGGGAGUAUAUAUACACCUUUCUCUGAGUUGUAUGUUCGAAUCAUAAUAUGCAGGACAUCGGUCACGUUCUAUCUCACUCUCACUCUCACUGGAGAUUAACAAAAAGCCCCCCAUCGACCAGGAUCUGUGCGCCAGUCUACCACCAAACACCCGUUAGCCAUAAUCUCUCAUCCACAUCCACACCCACAAA